GGAGGGACGUGGACAGACCGGGGAAACUUGCUGUCUGCUUGUUGUGAGAGGAAGUUAGGACUCAGAAAUGGCAGCGCAGGGGGAAUUCUUCAUAGGCAUUCCCAAGAUCCCAUAUUUACCCAGUGCUGGGCCUGGAGAUGUCAUGUGCUUCAAACACUACAAUGCAGAGGAGGUGCUGAUGGGGAGGAAGAUGGCGGACUGGCUGAGGUUUUCAGUCUGCUACUGGCACUCCUUCUGUGGCACUGGAGCUGAUCCUUUUGGGUUCCCGACCCUCGUCCGGCCCUGGAAUGAAGGAACUUCGAUGGAAGCAGCCAAGAGUCGACUCCGGGCUGCUUUUGAGUUUUUCACCAAGCUAGGCGUGAAAUAUUACACAUUUCAUGACAGGGAUAUGGCUCCUGAGGGCUCCACCCUGGAGGAGUCCAACAGGAAUCUGGAUGAAAUCACUGACCUGGCUCUCCAGCUGCAGAGCCAGACUGGAAUCAAGGUGCUGUGGGUCACCUGCAACCUCUUUGCCCACCCAAGGUACAUGAACGGUGCAGCCACCAACCCUGACUGUCAUGUUCUGGCCUACGCCGGCGCUCAGGUUAAGAAGGGGCUGGAUAUUGCAAAGAAGCUGGGUGCAGAAAAUUUUGUGUUUUGGGGAGGAAGGGAAGGUUUCCUCUCCGUCCAUAACACCGACGUCGCUGCUGAACUGAAGCACAUGGCCAACUUCUUCAAAAUGGCUGUCAAGUACAAAGAGAAGAUUGGGUUUAAGUGUCAGUUUCUUAUUGAACCCAAGCCUAAGGAGCCCUGCAAACACCAGUAUGACUAUGAUGCUAUGAGCGUUAUAGGAUUCCUGAAGCAUUUUGGUCUGGAGAGCCACUUUAAGUUGAACAUAGAGCCCAACCACACCACCCUGGCAGGACACUCUUACGAACAUGAUAUUGUCACGGCCUCUGCAUUUGGCAUGCUGGGCUCUGUUGACUCAAACACUGGCUCUCCUGACCUGGGGUGGGACACAGACCAGUUCCCCAUGGACAUCAGGAACACCACGUUGGUCAUGAAGACCAUCAUUGAACAAGGUGGCCUGCAGCCAGGAGGCCUGAACUUUGAUGCUAAGGUGCGCAGGGAGUCCACAGACCUGGAGGACCUGUUCAUCGCUCACAUCGGAGCCAUGGACGCCUUCGCUAGAGGACUCCGAAAUGCUGUUCGCCUCAUUGAGGACGGGAUCAUGGCCGGUAUGGUUAAGGAGAGAUACUCGAGCUUCAGCCACGGCAUUGGACAGAAAGUCGAGGAUGGUUCUGCCUCCUUGGAGGAGAUGGAGGCCUACAUCAAGCAAAACGGUGAGCCGAAAGUCACAUCAGGAAAACAAGAAAAAUAUGAAUCCAUCUUUAAUCACUACAUAUAAUAAUAAGCAUCACUCUCCCAUGUUUGAAUAAUGGUAGCCAUGACCUCAGGUACAUGGUAACCUUUGACCUCGGAUAGGAGCUGCUCUGCUUUAGUGUUAGCGACAGAAAACAGAAUGUUAGAAAGGUAGAACAUGUUUUUAAACAUGUAGAAAUGUUUAUUUGUAGUUAUGUCGCUAACCCAAAAGUACACAUACAAUGCUGAACACUGCAAGUAUAGAACUUAAUUGCUUAAGUGUCCUUGACAAACUUAAUCCAACAUUUUAGAAGUUUUUGUGGUGCUUUUUACAUAUCACCUGGAAAUGGGCACACUGAGAGGCUAUAUUCCCACUAGGUGAUAACUACUAAUAUUUACUGUGUAAAAAAACAUUUUCACAAUGCACUUAAUGAGUGACCAUGCUAUCUUACAAGUCAUACAAUCCAGUCCUCACAGAUGUUAACUAUGGAAAAUAA